ACUUGACCAGUUCUUUAAUCUCUCUUUAAUCUUUUAAAGAUUCCUGCCAAAAGGAUCUUUAAAUCAUUUUUAUGGAUCAUAACUUCCUAUUGGAUAAUCGGAAUAGUGACGUCAGCGAUCGAGCUUCUAACCUUCCCAUUGGCUCAUCGGGGUAGUGACGACAGCAAUCGAUCGUCAGCAGGAGUAAGGAGUAUGCACUGCGAAGCAGAGGAUCAAGCCUCAAGAAGAAGACCCCUCUCCUCCGGUCUUGCAGCCUAUAAAGAAAACGUCGCCAGAAGAACGACCAGGGUGGACUGAGAAGUGUGAGAGGGAGUGAGUAAUCAAGGACACAGACCAUAAUCUCGCUUUCUCCGGCGAUCUCCGGUGGCGUCGAUCACAUCACCGUCUUCUUCUUCUAUGAUCCACGACGAAAGCCGCGACCUUUCCUACGCAAGUUAGCUUUGAAGAGGAAUUUAUGAGAAAAUGGGGAAGACGAUUCAAGUUUAUGGAUUCCCGUCUGAUGUGACGGCUGCAGAAGUUAAGAACUUUCUAGAACAACGCACAGGCCUCGGCACCGUUUUUGCAAUCAAGGUCAGGCAGCCGAAGAAUGGCGGUGCAAGGUCCUAUGCCAUUGUUCAAUUCACGGCCACGAGAUGGGCAGAGCUUAUAAUCUCACUGGCCGACGAACGCCUCUGGUAUGGAAGAUCUUACCUCAAGGCCCGGGAGAUGUCGCAAGACAUUGUCCCGAAACCGAGAGUUCUCUCUCAUAACAUAUCGGAUUUGAGAAUGCACUUUGGCUGUCAGGUCUCAACUGACAAGUUUUCUGUCCUCUGGCGGGCUGAAAACGUUCAUUUGGCAUUUGGAACCGGGAUGAGAAAACUUCAUUUCACGAUAUCUUGCUGUAAUGCAGAUUACAAACUUGAGCUGCCCUAUGAAAACAUCUGGCAGAUUGAUUUGCAUUCACCCAAGGGAGAAUCUUCAAAGUAUCUUGUGAUUCAGGUAAUUGGUGCUCCUCGGAUCUUUGAGAAAGACAAUGAAGAAUCUGUCACGAUUCUCUUUGGACUUCGUGAUUUCUACAGAGAUGGAACCGAUGAGGAAUGGAUUAGAAGGACUGAUUUUACCCCUUCGUGUUAUGUCGGUCAAUCAUCUGCCUUCUGUGUGGAGCUUCCUGACUGGCUUGUUCUUCCCAAUUUCAGGGAGAAUUUCGCUAACUAUAAAGAACACAAAGGGAGCACCUUUGUGCUUGAAACCGGCUCUAGUUAUUCCUCAAACAGAAAUGAAUUGGUUCCAGUGGUAGAUCCGCCUCCUGGGGCCGAUUUGCCUUUUGAGAUCUUGUUCAAGGUUAACAUCUUGGUCCAGAACGCAUGUCUCUCUGGUCCAACACUCGAUAUCCGUUUCUACGAGCUGCUUGAUCAGGAUAAGUUUGACAGAGCUUUAAUAGAUCAUGCUCUCAGCAAACUGUUUCAUCUGAGGGAGUGUUGCUACGAACCUGCACGCUGGCUCGCUGAAGAAUACCGCAAAUGGGUUGCUCGUGGAAGGCUUCCACAGUCUCCUGCGAUAUCUCUGGAUAAUGGACUUGUUUAUGUGCACCGAGUGCAAGUAACCCCUUCAAGGGUAUAUUUCUGUGGGCCGGAGGUGAACGUUUCAAACCGUGUUCUUCGCCAUUACUCAGAGUAUACCAGCGAUUUUCUCAGGAUCUCUUUUGUCGAUGAGGAAUUGGAAAAGAUUCAUUCCACGGUUCUGUCUCCCCGGUCAUCUCGGAGGAGAACCCACAUAUACUACAGGAUCCUCUCUGUUCUCCGGCACGGGAUUGUCAUUGGUGAUAAGAAGUUUGAGUUUCUCGCGUUUUCUUCAAGCCAACUCCGGGAAAACUCUGCGUGGAUGUUUGCAUCAAGAGAUGGGCUUACAGCUGCGGAUAUAAGAAGGUGGAUGGGGGAUUUCAGCAGUAUAAAAAACGUAGCAAAAUACGCUGCAAGGCUUGGCCAGUCCUUCGGUUCAUCAAGAGAGACUCUCAGUGUUAGCAAGGAUGAGACUGAAACCAUUCCUGAUAUUGAGAUCACAGUUUCUGGGAAACACUAUGUGUUUUCCGAUGGAAUCGGGAAAAUCUCGUCUGCAUUUGCCGAUCUGGUCGCCAAGAAAUGUGGCCUCACGGAUUUCACUCCAUCGGCAUUCCAGAUUCGUUAUGGUGGGUACAAAGGGGUUGUGGCAGUGGACCCAAAAUCAUCAAAGAAGAUGUCUUUGAGGACGACUAUGAGCAAAUUUGAAUCUGAAAACACGAAGCUUGACGUCCUCGCGUGGAGUAAGUACCAGCCAUGUUACCUGAACAGACAACUGAUUACGCUUCUGUCUACGCUCGGAGUUAAAGACUGCGUCUUUGAGAAGAAACAGCGAGAAUCCGUGGAUCAGCUCGAUGAGAUAUUAACAGAUGGAUUGAGGGCUCGUGAGGCUCUUGACUUGAUGGCUCAGGGCGAGAACACGAAUGUCCUCAAAGAAAUGCUCUCUUGCGGUUACAGACCGGAUACCGAGCCGUUCCUCUCGAUGAUGCUGCAGAAUUUCCGGGCAUUGAAGCUGCUGGAACUCCGUACCAAGACACGGAUUUUCGUUCCACAUGGAAGAUCUAUGAUGGGCUGCCUAGAUGAGACCGGAAUACUAGAGUACGGUCAGGUUUUUGUACAGUUUUCGGAUCCUUUGAAUCCCUGGAAGCUGUUCCCCGUACAUGGAGAGGUUGUUGUGGCAAAAAAUCCAUGUCUGCAUCCGGGGGAUGUUCGUGUUCUGAAAGCUGUCAGAGUUCCGGAGUUGUAUCACAUGGUGGACUGCGUUGUUUUUCCACAGAAGGGUCCGAGGCCUCACCCGAAUGAGUGCUCAGGGAGCGAUCUGGACGGAGAUAUCUACUUUGUCUGUUGGGACAGUGAAUUGAUACCACCGAGGACAUCCGAGCCCAUGGAUUACACUCCAGAGCCUGCCCAGAUCUUGGAUCACGAUGUCACUAUAGAGGAAGUUGAGGAGUAUUUCACAAACUACAUAGUGAACGACAGCUUAGGAAUCAUCGCAAAUGCUCACACUGCCUUUGCGGAUAAGGAGCCAGCCAAAGCAUUCAGCAGCCAGUGCAUAGAGCUCGCCCAUAAAUUCUCCAUUGCCGUCGACUUCCCCAAAACGGGGGUCGCAGCCGAGAUUCCACCGCAUCUUCACGUGAAAGAGUAUCCAGAUUUCAUGGAAAAACCGGACAAACCCACGUACGAGUCCAUGAACGUGAUCGGUAAGCUCUUCAGAGAAGUAAAGGAGCGUGCCCCUCCCACCAUCGCCAUCAGGUCCUUCACUCUUGAGGUGGCUCGACGGUCUUAUGACUCGGACAUGGAGGUCAAUGGGUUUGAGUACUACAUCAAAGACGCUAUCUACUACAAAAGCAGCUACGAUAAUAAGCUAGGGAAUCUGAUGGACUACUACGGGAUCCAGACGGAGGCGGAGAUACUGAGCGGGAGUAUCAUGAGAAUGUCGAAGUCAUUCACCAGGAAAAGGGAUGCUGAUUCGAUAAGAAUGGCGGUGAGGGCGCUGAGGAAGGAGGCCAGGUCCUGGUUCAACACGUCGGGGGACGGGUACGAGGUGGUGGACGAGGAGAUGGCGAAAGCAUCGGCAUGGUACCACGUCACCUAUCACCCGGACUACUGGGGAUGGUGCAACGAUGGUCUGAAACGCGACCAUUUCCUGAGCUUCGCUUGGUGCGUUUACGACAAGCUGGUUCUGAUCAAGAAGCAGACCAUUCGGAGGCGGGAAGAUAUGGUAGCUCGCCACCUCAACCGCUCUCUGCAUCUCUGAAAAAUGUUUCAUCUUCUGCUGGAUUGUAUUGUGUGUGUGUGGUAGGAUUCGGAUGCGAUCGAGAGUCUUUGUAUUCCUGGUUUGGAUAUUAACAAACCGUGUAAAUGAAAUUCCGUCGUGGGUAGGACUUGACUCUCUA